AUGGCGUACUAUGAUUUUGAUCCCCCAUCCUUCUCUCUGGGUCUCGAUCUGGAGACUCGACCCGACCCUUUACCCCAACCAGCUAAACGCCCUUCAACGUCGGCCAGUCCCCGUGAAGUAGAGGAAGACGAUUACAAUGAUGCUUUCAAAACCCCCGUUAGGGUUACCGACCAAUCUCGUGCUUUCAAGAGGCUUCGCCGUGGACCCAAGGCUGUCCGGCCCGCACUUGAGCCCCGAAGGGCGGAGUCUAUUGAUGGGCUGUUCGAUGUAAUAGAGGAAAUUGAGGAUUUCUCUUCAGAUGAAGAUUGCCCCAGAGGAAGAAUAAAUUCUGUAUGUAGCAGUUCGAAACCUUCAUUGUUGCACAAGCAAGGGGUUGUAACUACAGAAUCUGGAACCCAAUUUAAAUCAAACAAGGACAAUGAAGUUCCGUAUGUGUCGGCCUCAAAGAAUGUAGAAAUAAAUGACGGUGACACAAUUAAUCCUAAAUUGACAGUAAGUCCUGUUAGAAGAUACCAGUUGAUUGAUUCUGAUUCUGAUUCCGAUGAUCCUUCCAUGAUUCAAGAUCCUUGCAAAGAAGAACCUGUUGUAAAUUUGUCACUGCCAAAGAAUGAACAUCCAAAUUCUAGCUUCGCUACGAGGAUGAGAACAGAGUCAACUAGCAACUCUAAAAGUGAAGACUUAUGGAAGGACUUCCAUUCUGAUCAUAAAAGCCUCCGUGUGCCUACACCUGCAUUUGACGAGCUCUUGGAAGAAUAUUUCGACAAUGCUAAAAAUAAGAGUAAACCAGAAAACAGUUGUAAGGAUAGUUACAACGAGACUAAAUUGGACAAGCAAACACAUCCUCCUGCCCAUGGCUACUUUUUCCACAGAGAUUUAAGAGUUCAGAAACUAGUUCGUGAUCGUUUACCAUACUUCUUCCCCUUGGGAGUUGGAAAUAACAAAGAAUACGAGCAACAAAAUGGGCUGGCGAUUGAUUACUUGGGCCAAUUUUGUCAUGAAGACAGUAAGCAGACAAAUCAGAAGCGAAAUAUUGAGAAAAGUUCUAGGGGAAAGGGAAGCAAGAGACCUGUAAAGCAAUCACAUGUUCAGAGUGUAUCAGAAGCUUCUACCAGCUGGGUGAAUCCAAGAACUUGUGCUGGCCUUCAAAAGAAUGGCGGCAGCAGAAGGGUGCAAGCAGUGAGUAAAUCAGCUGGUCACUGGUACACGGGGCCAGAUGGUAAACGCGUUUAUGUGAACAAACAGGGGAAGGAGUUAACUGGUCAAAUUGCUUACAGGCAUUAUAAAAAGGAGAGUGGAAUGGGUUUCAAAACAUCAAAGAAGAAAAAUUCUGCAACAAAGAAAGCUGCUGCAAACAAGUCUGCUUCAAAGAAGAAAUGA